CUGAGCGGAGGUACACACUAUGGCAUGUACCUGAUAUGAGCACUUGAUGCUUGGUCGCUGGUUAUGCUGAAAAUUGCGAAUUCUUAAGGGGCAUUAUUUGUCGUCCUAUAACUGUACAGUAUAUUUGCAGUAGUUCUUUGCAUACGCUUAACUUUGUUGGAACUGUGCCUCGGUGUCCAAGAAACAUGCUGGCAUUUCUGGGCCAGACGGAAACAUGGGCGACAUGAUUGGUCACUUUGCGGCCAGCCUAGGGUCUUCUGGCGAUGCUUGGAAGUUGAAACUACGACACUGGAUAUUCAACGACCGCUUGAGAGCCUAAAUACCUUUCAGCUUCCAUCCUGCCAGUGUUUAAUGCACGGAUCCUCGAGUCGAGAGGGGGGUUUAGUGUCAUCCGUCCUCUGAAAAGCGCGAUAAAGGACACGACAAGCCGAAUCAGUAGCGCAUUUCCUCCUCCAGGGCCUUCAAUCCAUGCAUCGCGCCCUGUGUCGGCGCCUGUGCAGUCGCUUCAGCUAUUCACAAAUUGGCGCCGUAAAUGCACAGAGUCGACCACUGCUGCAGCCUACAUUCCUACCGCACAAUCGGUGUCUCAGCCGAUGCAAUGCGCCUAUAAGCAAAAGGCAAUAUGUAUCCGGGCCUGACAAGGACACACAUGUCCAGCCAAGCAAACACGGCGACACCAUCUACGCUCUCUCGACUGCUGCAGGUAAAGCAGGCAUCGCGGUGAUCCGUGUCUCUGGCCCAGCUUGCCGACAGAUCUACCAUGCGCUUUGCCCAGACAAGGUUUUCCCAAAGCCUCGAUAUGCUGCGGUCAGGACAUUAUACCAGCCGGGCUCUUUAGAGCUUGAGGUCCUUGACUCGGAAGCGCUGGUCUUGUAUUUCCCGUCACCUCGCACGGUCACUGGCGAAGAUGUGCUGGAGCUGCACAUCCAUGGCGGGAGUGCCACAGUCAAGGCUGUCUUGGCCGCCAUCUCGACUUGCAAUUCCGCGCCGAGACGCGGCAGCGGGAACGACACGCAAAUCUUGCACGGAGACAUUCGCUAUGCUGAACCAGGAGAAUUCACCCGCCGCGCAUUCCUCAACGACCGUCUCGACCUCGCCCAAGUGGAGGCUCUCAGCGAGACCCUCUCAGCGGAAACGGAGCAGCAACGUCGCGCCGCAGUGCGUGGGAACUCCGGUGCGCUAGGACGGACAUACGACGGAUGGCGUCUCCAGCUCCUGCAGGCUCGCGCCGAGAUGGAGGCCCUGAUCGACUUCUCCGAGGAUCAGCACUUUGACGAAUCACCUGCGGCCCUUGCGGCCAACGUGACAGCCCAGGUCCGACAGAUGCUCGCGAGCAUCGACAUGCAUGAGCAGGCCGGGCAGCGAGGCGAGCUAUUGCGAAGCGGCAUCAAGAUUGCCCUGCUCGGCCCUCCGAACGUAGGCAAGAGCUCGCUCAUGAACCAGCUUGUCGGACGCGAGGCGUCUAUCGUGUCUGGCGAGUCCGGAACCACGAGGGAUAUCAUCGAAGCCAACUUGGAUAUCAGGGGCUACUUGUGCACAUUUGCCGACACUGCUGGAUUCCGUUCUGCUAGGUCGCUUUCAGCACUCAACACGCCGAUCGGUGCGGUCGAGGAGGAGGGCAUUCGUCGGGCGCGUGCGAAGGCGCUUGACUCGGAUGUGAUUAUCGUUCUUGCCUCUGUCGAGCCUGUUCUUGGGACUGAAUCAGCCGCUGCCACCGCGACUUACGAGAUCCAAUACGACAGGGAGACUCUCGCCCUCGCAGCGCAGUGCGGGCAGUGCCUGGUGGUGGUUAACAAGCGUGACUCGGUUUCUCAGGAGCAUCUCGACGAACUAGUCUCUAGAUUUCAACAGGACGUCCUGAGUCAGAUCCCGGGCCUCGAGUCCUCAACGCCCCUUCUCAUUUCAUGCAACGAGGCCAUCUCUUCACAAGUCUCUCCAACCUCUGUCGCCACUACCAGGGACACAAGCUCCCGGACGCACAACCUCCCAGACCCCGGCGGGAUCACCAGUCUUGCCGACACACUCGUUUCCUCUUUUUCUUCCAUGACCUCGCUUCCAAAGGACCUGCAGGACCUGCACGGUGUCACGGAGCGGCAGCGGCAGCUCCUCAAGCAGUGCCGGACGCAUCUGCUGGACUAUCUGAACAAUGUCGACGGCACGCCGGCAGCACAGGCAACAGGGGAUGACAUUGAUAUUACCAUGGCGGCCGAGCAGCUCCGCUACGCGGCGAAUUGCCUAGGUCGAAUCACGGGCCGCGGGGAGGCUGGGGACGUCGAAGAGAUUCUGGGUGUCAUUUUUGAGAAGUUCUGCGUGGGAAAGUAGACACGCACGUGAUCGCACUUGAUAAUUUGAGGCCUCUUCUUGGUGAAUUCACAGGUCUCAAGAGUGAUGGCAGUGGCAUAGGUGGAACGAUGAUGUAUAAUGCUAUAAGUCUUUGAGCUGCAA